AUUCAUCCACAAUCAUCAUCUUCUUCCUUUCUCUUUUUGUUUCUCAAUCAAUCAAUGGAAAAAGAACCACCAGAUAAAGUAGUGCAAUUCAAUACCUUACCAAAAGACAUAAUCUUUGACAUUUUUUCAAGGAUUCCAUUGAAAAAACUUACUCAAUUAACCAUUGUUUGUAAGAAAUGGAGGCUUAACAUACAUCAAAACCCAGAAUUCAGAGGUUUUUACCAUCAAAAACACAGAAUAAACCCAAUUUUGCUGUUCACUAAACAAGUUCAGAUCAAUGAAAAUUCUUCAACCCAAUUCUCUUCUUGCUAUAUUGAUGGAACCCAAGUAAGUCAAAUGCUUACCAAUAAUUUUGAUCAACCUUUAAUUACUAAUAUCUUAACCUGCAAUGGAAUACUUUGUUUAUUAUCAAAAACCCAUGUAUUUUUCUAUGAUCCCAUCAUCAAAAAACUAUCUAAAAUCCCUAAUUCAAGAUAUUUCAAUUGCACUUUCAGUUGGGCAUUUGGGAUGUUUCGAAAGGGUUUCAAGCUUCUUCAUUUUUACACCAUUGAGACUUUUGACAAUUUCCAUUAUUGUCAAAUGCAAGAGGUAAUGUGUGAGAUUUUGACAAAACCUAGUUUUGAUUCUCAAAAAGAUUGGAAAUUUAUUGGAGAAUCCCCAUAUAAUGAUGUUCUUGGUAGGAAAAAUUAUGCAUAUGUUGAUGGGAAAUUUUAUUGGUUAAUUGGAGAAAAAAAAUACAACCCAAAUGGUAUAAAGAUCAUGUCUUUUGAUUUGGGUAUGGAGAUUUUUGGGAUGGUUUCUUUCCCAAAAACUUAUUCGGAUAGAUCAGUUGAAUGCUUGGAAUUGGUGGAGAUUAAUGAUAAAUUAUGUUUGACUGAUAGAUUACCAUGGGAAUCAAAUAUGGAUGUAUGGAUGAUGAUGAAUGAAAAUGAAGGUUUUCCAAAUCAUUGGGUGAAGAAAUAUAGGAUUGAUCUUAUGGGUAUUGAUCAUCAUGAUGUAAGAAUUUUGGGUCACUUGCCUAAAAUUUAUGGUAAUGAUUGUGAAAGUGAAUGUGAAGGAAAAAUUUUGAUGAAGAUUGGGGAACAAAAAUUUGGGUUUUAUGAGCUAAAGAAAAAAGUUUAUAGAGAUAUAAUUAGUGAUAUUAAUAUGAAAGAAUGGAGUUUGCAGUUGAUGCUUAACAGAAAUACACUGUUCUAGAAUGUUCGUGCUUAAGUUUGCAAAUCCCAUUUUUGGAAGAUUCUUGUGUUGUACAACGGCAAUGAUACUAUAUUGGCAAGAAAUACAUUGUGUUAGAACGUUAGUUUCAAAUAUCCGUGAAAUUUUUGAUUAUAUUUUUGAUUAUAUGGUGCAAACUUAGACACACGUAAAGAAUAUUGUAUUUAGUGUAAUAUGUAUGGGUAAAAUUAAAAUUUCAUCGAACCGUAUUAAAGUUAGAUAUAUUAAAGCUUGUGUUUGCACCUGUUUCAAAUUUCCAAAAAAGAA